AUGUUGGCCGGCGCGCUUGACCGCGUGCUGCCGGGCCGCCGGUCGCCAUACCUACACCGGGUGAACGUGGAACGGCGCCCCCGACCACCGGCGCCGCCGCAGCAUCUCCGGCCUCACAGUUAUCACGGCGGCGCGACGGCCGAGUGUCAACGUCGCGACGGCUUGAGGACAAGUGGACGAAAGUUGGCCGCCAAGUUUUGGUCGUCGUGCGGGUCGUCCCGGUCUUCGGCGGUGGUGGGUGGAUGCGUCCCCCCGGACCCGGUGGCCGUGCGCAAACGGGCGGCCGCCACCGCUGCGGCCACGACCACCUGCAGCAACGGCGGAUUCUCGAACGUUUCGCACACGUGGCGUUUCAAGCGGCUAAGUCAUGGUAGCAAAACGCCGGUGGAGGAACCGUCGGCCAAAUCAACGGAAAUGGCUGAAAGCGGCAGCGGGGCCGCAAUGGUUCCAGCUGCCAAAACUGGAUCGAUCAAAGUACACUUGCCCAACAACGGAUUCAAUAUUGUAAAGUUCAUCGAUAACAUCAAUGUCAAGGGUAUCAUAUCUCUAGUCACUGGACGUUUGGCCAAUGGGUGUCCUCAGAUUGCACAAUGUCCGAGAUACCACAAGUACGACGAACAGUAUCCAAUGUCCGAAUGGAGGUUCGAGCUGCGCGUGCGGUACUCGCCCGACGACAUGGAGGACUUGUAUGACCGAGAUCGGUUUACGUAUUUUUUUUACUACGACCAAGUACGGUUCGAUUAUUUGAGAAAAAAUGACCCGGCGACACGAGUGGACACGGAGAUGGCUGUACAACUCUGUUGUUUACAAAUAAAAUGUUUUUUCCGGGAAGUCCCUCAUAUGUCGUUGGAAAAAAAAUCCAAUUUGGAGUAUUUGGAACGCGAAAUCGGGCUCAAUAAAUUCCUUCCCUACUAUAUACUGGAAUCAACGAAACCAAAGAAUUUACGAAAAAUGAUUCAGCAACAGUAUAAAAAACUUUCGCAAACGUCGGAAAAAGAAUGCGUGCUACAGUUUCUCAAUCUCGUUUGGUCGUUUUACAAGUACGACGAGGAACAGUUCAAGUGUUCGAUCGGAUCUGGUUGGACGAUCCCGGUGGAUCUAGUAAUCGGACCGCGACACGGGAUUUCUUACAUCAACAACCAGGGGUCGGCGCCCACCAAAAUGGCGGAUUUCGCUCACAUCGAAAACAUACAGACACUGGUGUCCGAAUGCGAAACACACCGUAAAACCUUGGUGCAGCUCCAAGUGACCGACUCUGCCGAUCCUCUGGUGCUCAGCUGUUCGACGCUCGAGCACAUGUACAGCCUGGCUAAUCUGAUUGACGGUUACUGCCAACUGGCGAGGAAAACGAACAUGUCGUUGUGGAAUAAAAAAGCUGCCAUAUGGAACCGUUUUCCAUGUCCGUGUGAUUCUAAAGACUCCGGAAAAAUCAAAACCAAAGUGCCCGCAAGAUUUUCCGACGAUUAUCCUGAUGACGGUCCAAUCGAAGAAGAAGGAGACUACUCAACACUUGCUAAUUGUAAUUACGAGCUGUUCCGCGACCAGGUUGAAUUGGGUGAAAUAAUAGGAGAAGGUCAAUUUGGGGAUGUGCACAAAGGAGUAUGUCACAUGCGUUCAAUUAAGAAUAAACCAGGAAAUGCUGUGGCAGUCGCUAUAAAAACAUGUAAACCUGAUGCGGACAUGGCAACAACAGACAAAUUUUUAGAAGAAGCAUACAUUAUGCAACAGUUCGAUCACCCGCACAUCAUUCGACUGAUCGGAGUUUGUUGUUCACCGCCCGUGUGGAUAGUCAUGGAAUUGGCCAAACUAGGCGAAUUACGGGCGUAUUUGCAGAACAACCAGCCCCACUUGGACUUGGCCACUCUUAUCCUGUAUUCGUAUCAACUUUCUACGGCUCUGUCGUAUCUAGAAUCUAAGAAGUUUGUUCACAGAGAUAUUGCUGCCAGAAACGUGUUGGUGUCGUCACACCACUGCGUGAAACUGGCCGAUUUUGGUCUGUCACGAUGGGUCCAAGACCAGAGCUACUACAAGGCGUCCAAGGGCAAACUGCCGAUCAAGUGGAUGUCGCCGGAGUCGAUCAACUUUCGGCGGUUCACCGCGGCCAGCGACGUCUGGAUGUUUGGCGUGUGCAUGUGGGAGAUAUUAAUGAUGGGCGUGAAACCGUUCCAGGGGAUCAAGAACAAUGACGUGAUUGGCAAAAUCGAGAACGGUGAGCGGCUGGCGUUGCCACCCAAGUGUCCCCCAAGACUGUACAGUCUCAUGUCGCAGUGUUGGUCAUUUGAACCCAGCAAGAGGCCCACGUUCAGAGACGUCAAGGAAGUGCUGAAUGAGAUAUUAAUCGAAGAGAGACAUCAACAGAAAGAAACACUCCGGAGAGAAAACCGCAGGGUGCACACUCUGUCUUGGGGAUCCAGCGGCUCUCUGGACGACCCGUCUGCGCCGCCUAAACCUUCCCGCCAGCCAAGCGUGGACCUGCACAACAAGUCCGAACUGCCCGUGUCCACCUACAUAGUGGCGCAGAACGCCGAAGUGCUUGCCCACCUGUUGAAGGAGAACGAGCAGCGGGGCGUCGUCAACCCGUCCGUGUACACGACCCCGGCAACCGGAUUCAACACGGUAACCGUAGAUUUCCUUAAUGACGUCGACGACGACAAAACCAUUUCGGCCGGGAACAGUAUACUGAGCAUGGACUCUGUGGGACUUAUCCCAAUGGACGGCGGCGGUGGUGGUGGUGUCGCCGUCCACCCAUCAACUAACAAGACGUUGCCUAGGAACUUUACUUCGGGGGCGGCUUCGCUACUAACGCUACCCCCAAAUUCGGCGGACAAGAGCAGGCGAUGUUCAGACGGCAGUCUGGGCACUUGCGCCGCCGCCGCUGCUGUGGCCGCUACAGCGGCGACCGGUGGAGGAAUGAAUAACGAUGAGGGAGCCAAGCAUUUUGCAAACAACUCUAUUGGUGUAUAUGAUAACGAACCUUUAUCUGAAGUAGAACAGCUGGAACGCAAGCUAAGACAACAGCAAAUUGAGUCUGAAAGGGACAACUUAUGGCUGGCCGAAGAAGAGACAAACUUAAAAAAGCGUCUAUCUUUAGUAGCCAGUGCGUCAGACAAUGAAUCUAUUGAUGGCAGAUCAUCGUUAACACCUCCUUCUUCCCUAGAUCGAAGCACCAAAACAAAACCUACAGAAGAACGGGUUGUUGUAAUAAAGAAACUCGAACCCACGCCAACAGCCGAUUUGGACAGAACUCAUGAUAAAGUAUAUGAGUGUACAACACUGGUUGUCAAGGCUGUUAUGACCCUUUCACAAGGGGUUCAACAAAAUCAGACUGAUCGAUAUUUGGAACUAGUCAAGGAGGUUGGACUCCAACUCAGAGCUUUAUUGACAAGUGUUGAUAGUCUGGUACCAUAUUUCCCUCAAAGUGCUCACAAACAGGUAGAAAUGGCACAUAAAGUUCUCAGCAAAGACAUGGCCGAGCUAGUCAACGCCAUGAAACUUGCUCAAAAUUAUUGUCACACUGCUGUUGAUUAUUUGUAUAGCAAAGAAAUGUUGUCUUCGGGCCAUAUUUUGGCUAUGGAUGCCAAAAACCUGUUAGAUGUUGUUGACUCUGUGCGCAUGCAAUAUCCUGAAGUGGAAGCGAUGAUUAGAGGCCGACAGUCUGAGACGGCCAAAGAACAACACCAUGGUGUAGCCGCUUCAUAG